GCGCGGCGGGGCCAUGAGCGGUUCGAAGGCGAGGGCGGCGGCGGCGGGGCCGGAGAAGAAACCGCCGCCAGGGACCGGGGGGGGCCUCAGCCUCCUGCGGGGGCGGCGCGGCUCGGCCGACACGGCGCCGCGGACACCUUGGACCGAGUCCGAGCUGCUGGCGCUGGAGACCGUCCGGCCCGAGCACGUCCUGGGGCUGUGCCGGGUGACGGAGAAUUAUUUAUGCAAACCUGAGGACAACAUUUACAACAUCGACUUCACCAGAUUUAAGAUCCGGGACCUUGAAACUGGAACUGUGCUGUUUGAAAUUGCGAAGCCAUCUCCUUCAGAGCACAAUGAUGAGGAUGAAGAUGACAACAGUGAGCUGGAUGCUAGUGCAGGCCGCUUUGUCCGCUACCAGUUCACCCCAGCAUUUCUCCGCCUCCGGACUGUUGGUGCAACAGUGGAAUUCACAGUUGGAGAAAAACCGGUGUCAAACUUUCGAAUGAUUGAGAGACAUUACUUCCGAGAUCGCUUGCUGAAGAACUUUGACUUUGAUUUUGGCUUCUGCAUUCCCAGUAGCAGGAACACAUGUGAACACAUCUACGAAUUCCCUCAGCUCUCAGAAGACCUUAUCCGUCUGAUGGUUGAAAAUCCAUACGAGACCCGCUCAGACAGCUUUUACUUUGUGGACAACAAGUUGAUUAUGCACAACAAGGCCGAUUAUGCUUACAACGGAGGACAGUAAUUGUUCUGUGUCUGCUGGAUGCUGUGAUCCCGUUAACCAUUCCGAUGUCCAGGGCUGGACUGGAGUUGCUGUCUCGUGCAACAAGGCUUCUUGCCAAACCUUUUUGUCUUACACGAGGCUGAAAACAUGAAACAAAGACGACAGCUCAUGGAAGUAAUGGAAAUCUCCCUGCAACACUUCUCUGUCUGGCACCAAACAUGUUGUGCCUCUCACUAUUUCCAAUUACCUUCUGGUCCCUUAGCUAGGUUAUGGAUCAGAGGCACUGUUAGAACAUUCUUGCUGUUACAGUCUUUAUAGUUAGGUUGCACUUCUAGUGCAUUUGAUGUUUCACCUGUUGGGUGACUACCCUCUUUCAAGAAGUCAUAUUGUUUGGGUAAGCUAUUUCUUAGCAGGAAUCUUCCCCCUUCAAGUAGCCAGUGAUGCCUGAAGAGCAGAUCUCUGGUUGGAUAGAUCAUCUAUUUAGUGCACAGUGGUUUAGUUUGUAGUAUGGCUGACAUUGCUUUUUAGGGUGCAUCCCAAUAUUCUCCAGUGGGAAAGAAAAUAAGAGACAAAUUCAGCUUCUAAGCAAUGCAGGAACCUUCCUUCUGCCUCCAGGCCCCUGGGAACAGCUUGAUCUCUGUCUUGUUAGAGAUUUCACUGCAGAUAGGUAAUAGGAGGAAAAAAGGGGCUUCAUCAAGGUUGGUCAUUGAGUCAGUCUGAUAGCAUUUCCGUUUGAGCUCUUCAGAGCAAAAUAUUGAAUUUUGCAGCUGAGGGGUCAACCUUAUAGCAGAACUUAAUCAAUAUAUUUACCAUUUCUCCUGUUUUCCUUUGUGUAGGAAUUCUGGCUCUUGCUGUGGCAUGUAUUGCUUUUUAGAUGGACAGCAUAUUGUGAGUCUUGCUCGGGUGGAGGGUAGGCAUCAGUCUAUAGAAAGGAAGAAUGUGGAAAAUCACUUAGAAAUGUGUAGGAAGCAAUAACUUCCUAGGUUUCAAUCUCUAUACUUUUAAACCUGGAUGAUAUGACAGAGGCAGUGUUCUCAGCUCAUUUGCUUUGUUGCAGUUGAGGUAUUAGUAUCUAAAAGCUUCUCAGGUCAAAUCACUCAAUGUUACAGAAUGGGAUUCUUACAGUUUGAGAACUGACAGAAGUUUUCUUCAGCUGAGCUGACAUCCCUGCUUUGCUUGCUUAGCUGCUUACUUAUGGUAUAGGAAGUUCUGCUGAGUUAAUUACUGCCAGAUCAGGGGAUAUGUUUCACCUAUGUUUGGGUCUGGCAAUAGGAAAUGGCAUCAUGUGGUGAGUAGAUCCAUAUCUUCUCAGCAGCCAUGGUGGGGCCCAAAAAUGUCUGCUAACAAAACCUUUUUUUGCCUAUUUUGCUGACUCUUAAGACUGGCAUUGUUCCUGUUCCCAUGCUGGGCUGGUCAGUUGUGUCUAGACCAGAGACAUUUUCUAGUAUUAGUUCCACUUUUUCCUUGAGACAGUUGAAAUCUAAUUCCCUGGUGGAUCCAGUUGGUUACCUGCUGUGUUAAGUGUAAGGUUCAGCAUAGUUUAUGUUUUAGCAGGACUAAAUGCAGUGGGGAUCAGAGCCUGGAGCCUGUUAAUGCAUAGACAGCAGUAGGAAACCACUGCCUUUACCUCACAGAUUAAUGACGUUAACUUUGGCACAGCAGGGUAAGCAGUGAGAGUGUGUGAGGUGGCAGCCAUGAAAGAAUUUCCAGCUCUUGGGAAGAUAUUUAAUUAUGAUUAACCACAACAAAUGACCUGUUCUGGGUGGAGCAUUAAUCUUGAGCCAACCACAACAAAUGUCUUGGGAAUGUGGAGGGGCAAGGUCUGCCUGGUUGAAAGAUGAAGAACAAUUAUGCUACCAUCAAUCCCCUCCAGCAUCUCCAGCAGCGCUUGGACAAUCUUGUUUAGUUAGCUCAGAAUUAGUUGAAGCUACUUGUAAAGUGGAGCUUGAGAUGUCUCUUGCAGUGGUUGUCUUCAGAAGGCCUUGUGGCAUGAUGGUGAGGUGGGAAACAUUUGUUUCAGUGACAAGGCAGAACUGCCCAGAAGUGUUUUUUUCAUCCUAAAGUGUUCCGAGAUUCUCAGGAUAAUGUCUGAAGAGCCUGCUACUUAUUUUCUGGGAAGUUUUACAUUCCUGAAAUCAAUUUGUAUGUAGUAUAAAUCCACGUGCCUUUAAAUGUUACUUUUAUCAUAUUUUCUGUAUGAAGCAAGCUCUUGCUUUUCAUGAGUUGGAUGAUUCCCAUCUGUUUUCUAUGUCACUGCAUAAAGGUUCUUAAAAGGAAGACAGGCUGUUGCCAGAGUGAGCACCAGAAAUCACUGUAUGCAAAUACCAACUGUGUGAGCCGUUUGUAGCAGUCAACAUGCAGCUCUGCACGGUCGGGGGCUGUGUAGGGGUGUGAGUGCCAUCUAGCAGCUGCUUUGCAGAAGGCGGCUGACAGCAGGAGAGCACUGCCCGGUGUAAAUGAGACAUUUGAUGCUUAUAGCAAUGUGGAUUCCUGUCUUCAGUCAGUACCUCUGCCAGGAGUGAUGAGAAAAAAGCACUGAAGCAGUUGCUUUCCCAUCGGUGAAUGUAUCAGCUAUUCAGCAAUAAGGAAAAGAAAACUGGAGGACAACCAGAAGACUUGCAGGCAGCAGUAGCACCCUUCAGUUUCUAGCUGUGUGUUUUUGGUUUGCUAAAUUAGAAGGUCUUUGCCCAAAAGAUGAGCUGCAGGAAAAAAA